UUUUCUUGUAUCCAAGUCCUUGAGCGACUUCGUUUUUUCUUCUUUUUUUCCUCUCCAUAUUCCAUCCCCAACCAGCACAAUGCCUCCCAAGAAGACCACCCCUGCCGCUAAGGAGAACGUCUCUCUCGGCCCUCUGGCCGGAGAUGGCAAGCUCGUUUUCGGUGUUGCCCGCAUUUUCGCCUCGUUCAACGACACCUUCGUCCACGUUACCGAUCUCUCCGGUCGCGAAACCAUCUGCCGUGUUACCGGUGGUAUGAAGGUCAAGGCUGACCGUGAUGAGUCUUCUCCUUACGCUGCCAUGUUGGCUGCCCAGGAUGUUGCUGCUCGUUGCAAGGAGCUCGGCAUCAACGCCCUCCACAUCAAGAUCCGUGCCACUGGUGGUAACGGCACCAAGACCCCCGGUCCCGGUGCUCAGUCUGCCCUCCGUGCCCUCGCUCGUUCCGGCAUGAGAAUCGGCCGUAUCGAGGACGUCACCCCCACCCCCUCCGACUCUACUCGUCGCAAGGGUGGUCGCCGUGGUCGCCGUUUGUAGAAACGUGCAGGUGUGUCUUUUCCGACUUGUGCAAGGCUUUUGCAUGGCUGGAAUGGAGGCUACCCGCCGGGUCUCUUACCUGCGGAUAUGGAUGGAAUAAACGCGAAGAACGGCAAAUCUCGCCUGGUCUUCAAUUUUUUCCAAAAAGCAUUUUGUUUGUUUUCGGUUUUGG